GCGCUAGGCAAGGAAUGCUAUGUCUUCUCCUGCUCUUCUCAGUGGAUGACUUACCGUAAGGAUUAUUCCUGAUAUAUUGAAUCAUAAUGGUGUAUUUUUUCUAACAACCUGAGCGAGUUCGGUCCGAUCAACGGGUUUUGAGCAGAAUUUGAGCAGAACCUCUGGCUAUAGAUGGUUCUGCACAGUUCUGCACUCGCUUACUGGACUAAAUUACUGGGCCAAGGACCACUCAUGGUGUCAACCUUGAGCUGUAUCUCUAUCUGUGGAUGUGUUCUCCUGCGGCGAAUUCAAGCAACAACAGACGUGCCGGCAUCAUUGUCCGUGGUGCGGGGCCCGCUUCGAUUUUGAUCAAAGUUUCUACGGACCGAAGGGCCGAACUUGAACCUUCUUCCACUCUUCCACAAUACUUUAUUAGGAGUGAGAAUGUUUGCGAAGAUUCCCAGUUUCCGUUCCUUGUACUCUCCAUCAUGCUCCCCAGAGUCCUCAUUUGUGGAACAAUUACUUGGGCCGAUGAGGAUGUCAAAGAGCUUUUAGGACCUAUCGCUGACGUUGUGCGCUUUGACUCAAUCGAUCGGUCAGAUUUCUUGAAAGGCUUUCAACCUGGUGGAAAAUACGAAGGAACGGUCGCAGUAUUCAGGGAUAACAAUUUGACCGACAAAAUUGGCAUUUUUGAUCAAUCGCUCGUCGAUGGAUUUCCUUCAACUAUCAAGUGGAUCGCGCACAAUGGUGCUGGAUAUGAUCAGAUAGAUGUACCGGCAUGCAAAGCCAAAGGUAUUAUAGUCUCUAAUACUCCUGGGGCUGUUGACGACGCUUCUGCAACAACUGCCUUGUACCUCCUCAUUUCCACACUCCGCAAUUAUGCCAUCAGCGAACGUUCUCUCCGUGAAUUGAAAUGGAAGCCCAACGGACUAGCCAAACGAUCGCAUGACCUGACAGGCCACACACUAGCAAUCCUUGGACUCGGCGGUAUUGGUAUGCGCUUAGCUGAGCUCGCGCACGCGUUCCCUAUGCGAAUCAUCUAUUAUUCAAGACACAAGGUAACUGAUGCACCUGAGUGGUGCGAGUACUUCGAAAACGUGGAAGAGAUGCUGGCCCAGGCCGACGUCCUCAGUGUCCACGUCCCAUUGAACCCAAAUACUGUCGGUCUGGUAGGAGAGAAGUGGAUCAGAGCUUUGAAGAAAGGCGCUAUCAUUAUCAACACUGCUCGGGGAAAGGUGAUUGACGAGGAUGCUAUGAUACGAGCCCUUGAGGACGGACACCUUGCUUCUGUCGGUCUCGAUGUAUUCCCCAAUGAGCCGGAGGUCAAUCCAAGGCUCCUCGAGUUCCCGCACGUUACACUCCUACCUCAUAUGGGUACGGAAACUCGGGAUACACAACACAAGAUGGAGGUUAGAGCGUUGAAAAAUAUUCAAGAUUUUCUGAAAAAUGGUAGGGGAAUCGAUGUCAUUCCCGAAAUGAAAAAUAUGUAGCCUAGCAAUAUAAAGUUUAUCCAUAACUUGUUGCCCAGUGCCACGGGGUAUCGAACUCUAUCGAAUCAUCGAGAGAAGGUGAUUGGCACGAGGAUGCCUUGAGGCUAUAUAUGUGUGUAUGCACAAUGCUGUAGCAGUUUACCUUCACUCUUUACUAUCA